AUGGAACUUCUGGUCCCGAUCAUCCGAGAUGCAUGCGCCACAGCAGGAGAAUCAAUCCGUGUUUGUAGUGUGUUUACAGACUGGAGUCGACAGUUAGGAAAUCAAAUCCGAGUUGGUGGAUUGACCGGCACUCAACUACUACAAGCCAUCGAUGAACUGAAGAAAGAAUUUUCUCAAAACCAUAUGGACGACCAUUGGCUUCUUCCAAGCAUAUCUCCUCUACUAGCUCUCACCGCCCAGGAACUUGAGAAAAGUCAAGGAGGUUCAUCGUUAGGGGAUACACAAACGGCUACUGUUGAUGGCUCGUUCUCAAAAGCGCUCUUGCAGCAGCAGACUGCUAAGAACGGAGAUGGAAAAUCUGAAGAAAAUAGUGACACAAGUGAUGGAGUAGCGGCGGCGUCGUUGGAUCGCAUCCUUGUCGAUGUGGAGGAGAAAUCAGUGCAACUAGAAGACCAACUUUCAGCUCUGGAAAGGAAGAUAAGCGAGACUAAGGAUAUCAACGCAAGUACGAGGGAAAGAAUCAAUCAAUUACUCCUACGGCUGAACACCUCCUCAUGUCUUAUCCAGAGAACGUGCACUGGAGAAAGCGACGAUGACAUGAAGCGUAAACAAUCGUCUGCAUCGGUCCUUUCCCUGGAGGUAACUGAAAAUGAUAUCAACCAAGCCAGACAAACGACCUCUGACAAAUCUGCUAUGGAACCUAUCGAUAUGAGUGAAAAUUCCGAUUUGGAGAAAUCCGUGAAAGGAGCCGCACUUGCACCACCAACGCAAUUCCUACAAUCCACAGAAACCGAGGAAGCAGCGGAAACGGAUAAGUCAAUGGUUAAUUUGCACACUUCUACGGAAAAUACGGAAGUAGAAGACGUCCAUGAAGGGCAAGUAGAAGAAAAAUUCAAGAAGGUAGCCACCGAGGUGCUGGAAAAAGAACCUGAGAUGAGAGAGGAGGCUCAUGAAGAAGUCGAGAACCAACCGCAAGAUGGAGAGUCAGAAAAAGUAGCAGAGGGUGAAGCUGGAUAUGAAGUUAGGGAAGAAACACCUCAUCCACAGGAUGGUCAUAACGAUGAAGAAGAAGCGCAGCUAAAGCAAAUUAACGAGGAAACGGCAGAAAUCCGUAGUCGACGUAGUACAAACAGUGAAUUGACUCCACAAGAGAUCGAAGAUCAAAACAGAGAAGUGGAUCGAACCCAUUCGGAAGAAGAACACGAUAACUCCAGUCAGAAAAGUUUGGACGCUCAUCCUGAAAGCGAAAAUGGGAACAAUGAUGAAGAAGGUGAACGAUUUGGUGAUGACGGUAGUGAGCUGGGAAAGGCUAGUCCAGAUAAACUAAGUGUUGUUCCUGAGAUGCUGGAGGAUACAGAAGAAGAUAAGAAUGAUGAAGAUGAAUAUAACAGCUCAAGGACUAACCAAAGAACAAGGAAGAAUUCAAAUAACAGUCCCACAAACAGUGAAGAGCCUGAGGAAUCUGAUGAAAUGAAAGCACGAUCGGAGAAGGCACAAGAAAACGGGGGCGUAAAUGAGCCGAACUACAUUUCAGAUCAACAUGAGAACGGGGAAAAAGGUGAACUUGAAGAUUCUCUGAAGGAGAAUACACAAGAAAAAGCUUAUGAUGAUGGCGUAUCAGAAUUGUUGGAAAACAAUAAACAAGAAGAAGACUCACUGGAUGACAACCUAGAACAAAAUGAGAAACAACAAAACCAGACUGACCUGAAUGAAUCUAACGAACAACAAGCCGACGAGGAUGUAUCCAGUGAGCGGAAACUUUCGCAGGACUCUCUGGAGCAGAUGGUGGGUCAAAGCACUGAGAAUGCACAGGAAAAAGAUCAAGAACAAUCUGUGGACGCUGAUGGAGGUCAUAGUGCACGAAGUCAGGACGAAGUAGAACAGAAAGUGGGGGGAACUUUCCUAGAGCAUGCCAAUGAUCCCGUUCACAGUGCUUUGAACGAGACCAAUGGUCCAAGAGAAGAGGAUUUAGACAAGAACGAACGAACUGACUUACGGGGUUCUAUGUACAAUGAUAAUGUUGCUGAAGAAAUAAAAAACGAUGAGGACACCAACGCUAUCUCAAACGGAGACCCCAAAGAAAAUCAAGAAAACAACCUCGCACUGGAUUUACGAGCCGUUGAUCCAUCUGUGGAUGACGAUUACAGUAGUACUAGAUCACAGUCCACCUACGCCACAAUAUCGAAAGGUGAUGAGGGACAUCUGACGCACAUCUACGACCAUGAUCUAAACCCUGGCAACGUUCCGGAGCUAAAACAAGGAAUCACUCAUCAAUCCACAUUAAGAGAUGCUACUCUGUCGACAAAGCAUUCAGAGACUUUGUCUUCAUUGGGUAUAAUUGGUGCCCUCCCGGAAUUCGAGAUGACACACAAAUACCAUAUUCAAUCACAUAUCAACACUGCUACAAGAAUCCCUGUCAUCAGCCAGCCGGUAAAUGAUGGACUUAUAGCACAUCACGCUAAUCUAUUCACCGAGAAUGCUUGCACAGAUCGCGUAAUACUGUACGGGUGA